AUGGCUGCGGCCAAUAAUAAUACCUUUCGUCUUCUUCUCAUCGAUAUUGGCGAUCGCUUGUCCAUGCAAAAUCGGCAAUCACUCGUGUUUUUCCUCGGUGACGCUGCACCCCGGCAAAUCCUCGAUACCAUUGCUCACGAUAGUCGUUCAUCAAUGAAUAUUCUCUGGGACGCUUUGAUUGAACGCCAACAGAUCGGUCCGAACAAUGUUAAUUUAUUAAUCAGCUGUUUUCAAUCCAUCGGCCGCAUAGAUUUAGUUAAAAGACUGAAAGAAUACACAAGAACACCCGCUGAACCCGCCGCAUCAUUUCGUGAAGCCGAUGAUUAA